AUGCAUACGCCAGCGCAGGGUGGACCAGCGGUUUAUGCCGAUGAUCCUGAAGAGCACUCUUUUUCUUCUCUCAAUCUACCUAACACGGUUUUAUCAGCUAGCCUUAGAUUCUUCAAGAGCACUUUCUCUAGCAGUAUGCCCGGCGUAGCCGUGCUUAUCUCCAAAUUAAUGGAUUCCGUCGCCGUCAGCCUCUAUAUGACGAAAUUUGAGAUGUCUUCUGUGGCAAGCUGGGAUGCCUCUGCCGCUCCCUUGAUAGGCCCCAAGUCCAGAUUCUUGCGUUUCUUCUUCUGGCAGGCGGCAUACUUAGCCGAAGUGGCUUUUGCCUCUACAAAAGCAGCGUCAAUUUUUCCAAGCCAUUCGCAAGCUUUGAUGAUAUCUGCGCCUUUUUACAAAGCCCUUGCGAACUUGAGCGGCUUCCGGCCGAGAGAGACAGAACCCGAAGUCCUUUCUGAAGCGUUGACCACGUCGGAUAUAUUGGAAGUAAGAGGCUGGGUGAGUUAUUGUAAUAGUGGUAGUGUACGGAGUACGGAUCCGUAUGUUACGAUGAUUAGUGUUUACAGAGGAGAAGCGCCGAGUCGAUUCGAAGCGCUAAAAUCAGAUAAGACACCAGCUCAGUUAAGCCCUCCUCGCAGGGUUGAUGCCCCCGUGGUUUUGUGUGACGGGCCGAUUGAUUCGUUGAUAGGCGAUGAUCUAAUUAUCAACCCCAGCAGCACCAGGUUCACACUCGCACUCGCCCUCAUCGUCCUCACACGCCUAGGUCAAGCUCGAUAA